AUGGCGCGCACGAAUCCUCCCUCCCCUUUGGCGUUUCCUUCGGUCCUUCUGCUGCCGUGCCCGCAAAUGCUGAUCUGUCUUCAUUCAGAGCCCUGGCGUGUGUGUUGCAACCAUACUUGGGGCGGUUUCUUGGUCAAAAUGUCGAGAGAAAUACAAUUAUCACAAUGGAGAACCCAAGAUCCCCCUCUGGCCCCGUCUCUCGUCUUCUGUUCAUGUUAUUGCCGUAGUGCGACUACUGUAGCGGAGUCAGCUAUAUAUGGACCACUUGAACACGACGGCUGUACCGAGAAACGAAAGACCCAAGGACGGGAGUAUGGGUUGGGAGCCGCAAUGAAUGGCGCGGAGCAGGUGCCCUGUUCUUUGUGUAUGUACUUUACACAUGCAGUAUCACGAAGAAGGUAA